AGCUUCAAUGGCCGUGAAUUUUCGCGCAGUUUCUGUUGCGCUGAAAAGGUUCACUCCGUUUCAUUCCCCCAUUUGGCCUUUGAGGAAGAGUGGUUUCUGCUGCAAGAUGUCGACCGAAUCACCUCCCUUGUCUCACUGUAUCACGCUGCCGAAUAAACAGAACGAACCUGUUCAUAUUGUUGCUGCACCCGGGGUUUCCCGUUCUGAUUUCUGGAGUGCUAUUGAAUCCUCUUUAUUCAAGCAGUGGUUGCAUAACUUGCAAACUGAAAAUGGGGUUCUAUCCGAUGGUACCAUGGCUCUGAGACAAGUUCUAAUUCAGGGAGUAGACAUGUUUGGAAAGCGCAUUGGGUUUCUCAAGUUCAAAGCUGACAUUUUUGACAAACAAACUGGGAAAAAGGUUCCAGGUAUCGUAUUUGCAAGAGGACCAGCUGUGGCCGUGUUGAUACUUCUGGAAUCAGAGGGUGAGACAUAUGCUGUUCUUACUGAACAGGCAAGGGUUCCUGUUGGAAGAAUUAUUUUGGAAUUGCCAGCUGGAAUGUUGGAUGAUGACAAGGGUGAUUUUGUUGGCACUGCAGUUCGCGAGGUUGAAGAAGAGACUGGCAUCAAGUUAAACAUAGAAGACAUGGUUGACCUAACUGCUUUCCUCGACUCCACAACUGGAUCCAGAGUUAUCCCCUCUCCUGGAGGGUGUGACGAAGAAAUCAGUAUCUUUCUGUACAAAGGGCGUGUUGAUAAAGAGAUAAUCACACAGCUACAGGGUAAAGAGACUGGCCUUAGGGAACAUGGGGAGUUGAUUAAGUUGCGUGUAGUACCAUAUAAUAAACUUUGGCACAGUACAGCAGAUUGCAAGGUUCUGGUGGCUGUUGCGCUGUUAGAAAUGGCUACGAAAGAAGGGCUAUUGCUUCCGUUGUCUGCAUAAAUUUUGUAGCUUGUUGUGGCCUGUGGUACUGGUUAGAGGAAGAUAGAAGACUUUUAAUAAAUUUAUUGAAAUUUGAUUUUUUUAUGGACCGUGUUUUUACUUCACAAACAAAGUUGAGAGGAAGAAAUUUUUCUUUUGAGAAAAUUCCAUUAGGUGUGUCUAGUACUAAGUGUAAGAAUCAAGUCUCAUGGAUGUUACUUUUUGCAACUUUUUUUAUCUUACGAAAAUAAAAUUCCAAAUCUUUUAC